CCCGCCCAAAUCUGGAGAUCUUUCGUAGUUGUCAACCUGCACAUUUUACAAAUGUCGUUCUGCCAACAAGUUGGUUGAAUGUUUUCGUUGUGCUCGGUGAAAGAAAGUUCACGUUUUGCGAUUUUGUUUUCGAAUAACAUUGACACCAAUAUGUUCGUUUGAUUUCUUGCCACAUCAUGUACAUCAAACAGGUGAUUAUUCAAGGGUUUAAAUCCUAUCGUGAACAGACAGUUGUUGAGCCUUUUGAUCCAAGACAUAAUGUAGUAGUUGGCAGAAAUGGUUCUGGCAAGAGUAAUUUCUUUUAUGCCAUCCAAUUUGUUUUGAGUGAUGAAUUCUCUCAUCUCAGACCAGAGCAAAGACAAGCACUGCUUCAUGAGGGAACAGGACCUCGUGUUAUAUCUGCCCAUGUAGAAAUCAUAUUUGAUAACUCUGAUGGCAGAUUACCAAUUGAUAAAGAUGAGGUAUAUUUAAGAAGAGUAAUUGGUUCCAAAAAAGAUCAAUAUUUUCUCAACAAAAAGAUAGUGACAAGGAAUGAUGUAAUGAAUUUAUUGGAGUCUGCAGGAUUUUCUAGAUCCAAUCCUUAUUAUAUUGUGAAGCAAGGAAAGAUAAAUCAAAUGGCAACAGCACCAGAUUCUCAAAGAUUGAAGUUACUGAGAGAAGUAGCAGGUACUAGAGUAUACGAUGAUAGGAGAGAAGAGUCAAAAUCAAUUUUGAAGGAAACAGAAGGAAAAUUAGAGAAAAUUGAGGACUUUCUGCGAACAAUAGAGGAACGUUUGAAAACACUUGAAGAAGAGAAGGAAGAGUUAAAAGAAUAUCAACGUUGGGACAAGCAACGUCGUUGUUUAGAGUAUACUAUUCACGAACGCGAACUUAAAGAGAAUAAAAGGAAAUUAGAAGAACUCGAAGAGUCCAGAGCGAACAGCGGAGCUGAGCAAGCAAGACUAGGAGCAGAAGCAAAAACUGCACAGGAGAUGGUACGUGCAGCUACAAAGCGUUUGAAAGAAUCAAAGAAAGAGGUGCAGACUGCCAAGGAAGAAAGAGAUACUCUUAGUGCGGAACAGCAGCAAUUGUUAAAAGAAAAGACCAAGUUGACUUUAACCAUCAAUGAUUUAUUGGAAGAAGUAAAAGGUGACAAUGACAGCAGAAAACGUGCUCAACAAGAGUUGGAAAAGCUGAAAGGUAAUAUCGCUAUUCGAGAAGAUGAGCUGAAGUCUAUUAAACCAGAGUACGAACGAAUGAAACGCGUUGAAGAGGAAUGUACGCGAGAAUUACAACUGAAGGAGCAGAAACGCAAAGAAUUAUAUGCUAAACAAGGCCGUGGCAGUCAAUUUACUACAAAGGAUGAGCGGGAUAAAUGGAUACAAAAUGAGCUUAGACAACUUACCAAGCAAAUAAAGGAUAAAGAGGAGCAUCAGAAGAAAAUUAGCGAAGAUUUGAAACGUGAUGGAGAAAAACAAGUCUCCUUGGAGAAAAAGAUAGGGGAUCAUACACGCGAGAUGGAACGGCAACGUACAUCGAUAGACGAUCAUAAUAAGCAAUAUUAUGACCUCACUAAAUCGAAGGACCAAUGUCAAGCAAAUCGAAAAGAACAAUAUCGGCAAGAGAGUGUACUGCAACUUAAUUUAUCUGGUUUAAAAGAGGAUUUGGCGAAAGCGGAUCAAAGUUUGAGAUCCAUGGCUGGUAAACCUAUUUUGAAUGGUAGAGACAGUGUGCGUAAAGUAUUGGACACUUUCCGUACACGGAAGGAUAUGGCUCAUGAAGUGAGCAGUUACUACGGGCCUGUAAUUGAAAACUUCAAUUGCGACAAAAGUGUUUACAUGGCAGUAGAAGUAACAGCUGGAAAUCGGUUAUUCCAUCACAUUGUGGAGACUGAUAAGUUUGGUACGAAGAUUUUGAAAGAAAUGAACAAUCAACGUUUGCCGGGUGAAGUAACCUUUAUGCCUCUAAAUAGACUUCACGUGAAAAAUAUCGAUUAUCCGCAGACUUCCGAUGCUAUACCCAUGAUAUCCAAACUGAAUUAUGAUCCUAAAUAUGAUAAGGCAUUGAGAUAUAUAUUUGGAAAAACUUUAAUUUGCCGUAAUUUGGAAGCAGCGACGAGUUUAGCACGAACAUCUGGUCUGGAUUGCGUUACAUUAGAAGGAGAUCAAGUUUCAUCCAAAGGUUCCUUAACUGGUGGAUAUUUUAAUACACUCAAGUCACGUCUUGAGAUACAGAAAACAAGGUCGGAAUUAAUGUCUCAGAUUUCUACUCUCGAGAAUCAAUUAACGACGGUUAAAGAGGAGAUCAGAAAGGCGGACCAAAAUAUUAGUUCUUAUGUUAGCGAAAUGCAGAGAACUGAAACUAGAAAUAGUAAAGCUAAAGAUAUAUAUGACAAAAUGAAGGCAGAAAUACGUCUUAUGAAGGAGGAGUUAAGCGCGAUAGAAAGGUACCGAACGCCAAAGGAAAGAAGCCUUGCACAGUGUACAUCUAGUUUAGAAGCGAUGCGCGCGACUAAAGACGGUUUGGAAAGUGAACUUCAUCAAGAACUUAUGGCGCAAUUAUCUGUCGCAGAUCAGCAUCAGGUCGAUACUUUGAAUGACGACAUAAGACGUCUAACAAAGGAAAACAAGGAGGCAUUCGCAAAAAGAAUGCAAUUAGAAGCAGAGAAAAAUAAGUUAGAAAAUUUAUUAACAAAUAAUUUGGUGAGAAGGAAAGAUGAGCUUGUUCAAGCUUUGCAAGAGAUAUCGGUCGAGGAUCGGCAACGGCAGCUCGACUCAUCAAAAAUUCAGUUGGCGGAUAUAGAAAAGAGAUUAGUAAAAGUAAACGACGACUUUAAAGCGCAGAAUGAAAAAGUAACGAGUGCAAUGAAGAAACAAAAAGCGGAAUCUGCUGAUGUCGAAAAAUGGAAACUAAAAGAAAAAGAAGCACAGGAAAAGAUAGAGGCUGACGCAAAAGAUCUGGAAAAAUUGGCGAGCAAAUUAAAUAUCCUGCAACAAAAAAUAGUGGAAUGUACGCAGAAAAUUACCGAACUCGGUGCAUUGCCUAGUCAUGAGGCUUAUUCUAAAUUUAGUACAAUGACCACGAAACAGCUUUUCAGAGAGAUGGAAAAAGCGAAUAAUCAUUUGAAGAAAUAUAGCCAUGUAAAUAAAAAAGCCUUGGAUCAGUUCAUGUCAUUUAGCGAUCAAAAAGAGAAAUUAGUGAAACGGAAAGAGGAGUUAGAUAGAGGUGACGAGAAAAUAAAAGAGCUUAUGUCGGUGCUUGAGCAGCGCAAAUGUGAAGCAAUACAAUUUACAUUUAAACAAGUGAGCAAGUAUUUCAGUGAUGUGUUUAAUAAGCUUGUACCUUCGGGACACGCGCAAUUGGUCAUGAAAACUGCGGAUGGCGAUGAGGAGGAUGACGGUACAGCUGAGCCAGCUGAUUCUGACAGAUUUAUUGGUGUUGGUAUAAGAGUGUCAUUCACGGGACAUAGAGCUGAAAUGCGAGAAAUGAACCAACUAUCCGGUGGACAGAAAUCGCUUGUAGCAUUAGCAUUGAUAUUCGCAAUUCAGAAGUGCGACCCCGCACCAUUCUACUUGUUUGACGAAAUCGAUCAAGCUUUGGACGCACAGCACAGGAAAGCAGUGGCAGACAUGAUCCAUGAACUUAGUUCAGACGCUCAGUUCAUCACUACGACAUUUAGACCCGAAUUAUUACAUCACGCGAAUAAAUUUUACGGAGUAAAAUUCAGAAAUAAAGUUUCGCACGUUGAAUGCGUGACGCGAGAAGAAGCGGCUGAUUUCGUUGAGGACGAUACAACGCAUGGCUAAGAAAGGAAAUGCUUUAUUUAUAUAGUGUUUACAAAAAAUGGUAUUUUUUUUUAACGUCAAGUGAUAAAAAAAUAUAAGUCGGAUUUUAUUAUAUAUAUCACUCAAAUCAUCUGACAAUGCACCACAGCUUUUCUAAAAAUAUAUUACAUACGAAAUCA